AUGGAUGUGAGUCGCACCUGUGCAGACACGUUUGUCUAUUGCUGAUGCUCGUUUGUGCAUUCCUCGAUGAUGCUUCUCAAAGCCGGCAGAUCUUGCGCCACAGUCUCCUCCAAGGGAGAGGGACAGUGAGUGGACAGACCGUUCUGCGUCGAACGCCUGCGUGCAUGACAACGAGCUCAUCGGACUGUCGCCCUGGUAUCACACCCGUCACUUGAUCAAAUCAGGCCCUGGUGUUGCGCCCAGUAUGUUUGGAGCGACGGAAGGAGCCGAAGAGCCUCUUCGGCUGGAUGAGACGGCGGGCGUCGAGGAAGCUGCUCCGUCUGCAGAAGACAGAUUACAAGCUGCUGGCAUCGUCGGAUCGGCCAAAGCUGCCGGCACUGGAGAAGGUGGAAAUGUGGUGGAUGAUAGUGAGGCGAGAGAGGAUGGAGAGUAUGCUAGGGUGCUGGAAGGUGGGGAUGAGGAGUACGAGUCGCACAGAGCAGGCGAUUCUGGGCCAGGAGGAGUCUUGUCCAAGUGAGGAGCCCCGGUCUAGAAGGAGCCGACUGGUGUAGCAACAGCUCACAGCACCUGUAUCCUACCGCGACAUUUCGUGUGCGCUAUCAGAAGACGUCAGCGAUCUGAGAGCGAGGAGUUAGAUGAAGCGGAAGCGGAGGAUAGCAACGCUGUGGAUGCAAACGAUCUGGGCUACUCUGCCGAAGAUGCAAAGGCGCGCAGAAGGGCCGAGUUGGAUGCCAGAAUUGCAGCCGCUGUCAAGGCCGGCAAGAAACGUCCCCGUAGAAAAAAGGGCGACGAGAUCGUGAGCAUGCUGCAGGCGUAGACCUAUCUGGAGGUUGAGGGAUGUCGAUCACUGAUAGCGCUGACCAUGUCCUGCGUACACCCGCACGCCACCAGGAUCUUGACAAGGAGAAUGAUGAAGAAAUUCAGGAGCUUCUAAAGAGCAUGGAGCGCGCAGCAGAUGACGAUUUUGACGCAAACAAGGAGAGAAGACUUGCCACGGCCAAAUUGCGCAUGUUGCCUUCGGUGGUCGAAGUGAUGCAAAAGUGAGUGUGCAUGUCGUUAGUGCGGGGACAUCGAGGGCCUAUUGCUCACGACGGCGUCGCUCCGCUGAUGGCCUAUUCAUUCAGGCACAGCCUACAACAAUCGAUGAUGGAUAACAAUUUUCUGUCGGGCGUUCGACGCUGGCUAGAACCAUUAGGAGACAGGAGCCUACCCUCAUUGACCAUCCAAAACGCCUUGUUUCCCCUGCUCGAAAAGUUGGAGAUUGAUACCAUGACGCUAAAGCAGAGCGGACUAGGCAAGAUUGUGCUCUUUUACACCAAGUGUGGACGUGUCAGCUUGGACAUUAAGCGAAUCGCGAACAAGCUGAUAGGUGAGGUCUGCGAUCUGCUGCGCUCACUCGGUCCUCGAGCGACUGCUGACGCGUCACACUUGUGGGUGCUGUCUUGAUCAACAGAGAGUUGGACCAGACCCAUACUCAAGAGGGACGCUUCCGAGCGCGCUCAGAAGGCCGCCAUGGCAGAGCGCGCAAAGAAGAUGCGCGAAGCUGAAAAGGAUCGCAGGAGAGAGUUGGGAGAGAUGGUGGAUGAUGAUGAAGAGGCGGAGGAGUUGGCAGCUGCUGGUGGUGAUGGUGGCGAACACGGCAAGGACGCCGCGCAGAUCAAGUGAGUAGAGACAAAGGGGGGUGGAUCAUCAUCUUCGGCGUUUGCUUUGGCCACUUAUCGAGAUUGAAGCAAGGUGACAUGGCUUUCGCGCCGCCACGCCGCUCGCUAUACAUUUCGGCUUUUGACUACGUGCGAUCAAUGGCAUGAUUGCUUUUGCUGACCUCCCCCGCCUCCUUUUGCACUAUUCUCUGCCCCGCGCGCGUUCCACUUCAGACUCAACCGAUUCAAGAGGCGCUUGAGAGAGGGCAAAAAGUAA